CUUUUCUCCAUGCUACUGGGACUUGAAAAGAUAGAAGAUUCCUCAAGUUGAAAUUUUCAGUGGCACUAGGUUGGGGAAUUUAUUCUACUUUCUUCUUUUCAAAAUCAUCUAUUUUUGUUUUAAUUAGGUUAGAAUUUAUUCCACUUUUUCCUUUUCCCUACUUUGGAGUCUUUCUCCUUCCCUUGGAUUUGCAGAAGCAGUAGUAGGUUGUGCAAACAUUCAGUUUAGUGUCAUUUGAUUAAUUAGGCUAUGCAACUUCUCCAUGGUGCUUGGAUGAGCUAGAGAAGAAACAGGUGGUUUGACCAAUUUUCUACCAAGUAGAUCCAUGUGAAUGGAUGUUAAAGAGCACAGAAAAUUUUUAGAUGAAUGUGGAGAAGGUGCAGAGAUAAAGAUCUGACUUGCCUGAAGCUGCCACUCUAUCUAGGUGAACCAUUAGUAGAUUUAAUUUGUUGGGUAAUUUUAAGUUAUCCUUGUUUGAUCUUUGCAUCUUUUAGGCCUUCUAAGUCACAGGAGAUUUUGGGAGACAUUUGGAAGAUAUUGAAUAAGAUAUGUCCUCAACUUCCUACAUGGAUUUCGUUGGAAUUGAUUCACGCAUUGAGAGAGUUGAGUCCUUGCUAUGCAUCGGAUCAUUAGAUGUUCGCAUUGUUGGAAUAUGGGGAAUGGGUGGUAUUGGAAAAACAACUAUAGCUAAAGCUGUGUUCAAGCGUAAUCUUGCUCAAUUCGAGAGCUAUCACUUCUUUGCAAAUGUCAGGGAAGAGUCAGAAAAACAUGGAUCAUUGCAUUUACAAAGCGAGCUUCUUUCAAAAAUAUGUGGAAAAGGAAAUUUUAAUAGAAGAACUCCCAAUUUCGGAUUCACUUACGCCACGAGUAGGCUUAGUCGAAAAAAGGCUCUUAUUGUUCUUGAUGAUGUGAACAGCUCCAUGCAAUUGCAAGAAUUGUUAGUUGAUUCACGUCAUUUGUUUGGCCAAGGAAGCAAAAUCAUUGUAACAAGUAGGGACAGGCAAGUGCUCAAAAAUGGAGUUGAUGAAAUAUAUGAAGUUGAGAGAUUAGAUCAUGAUGAAGCUCUUCAACUAUUCAGUGUCAAUGCUUUUAACCAAAAUCAUCCCUUUCAAGAGUUUAUGCAGUUGUCAAAGAGUGUCAUCUAUUAUGCUAAAGGCAAUCCAUUAGCCCUUAAAGUUUUGGGUUGCUUUUUGUGUGAAAAAAGGAAACAAGAAUGGGAAAUUGCAUUAAAUGAACUCAGAAGAACAUCAAAUGUGGGAAUAAAGAAUAUCUUAAGAUUAAGUUAUGAUGGAUUGGAAACUGAAGACAAGGAAAUAUUUCUCGAUAUUGCAUGUUUCUUUAAAGGCGAAGAUGUAUAUUUUGUGGAAAAAAUACUUGAUGGAUGUGGUUUCUAUGUGGAUUUAGGAAUUAACGUUCUCAUUGAUAAGUCUCUCAUUACUAUUUCAAAUAACAAGUUGUGGAUGCAUGAGAUGCUACAAGAAAUGGGCUGGGAAAUUGUUCAGGAAGAAUCAAUUGAAGAACCUGGAAAUCGUAGCAGAUUGUGGCAUCAUGAGGAUGUCUACCAUGUUUUGACAAAAAAUUCGGGGACUCAAGCGGUUGAAGGCAUAGCUUUAGACCUGUCUCAAACAAGAGAGUUACACUUGACCUCCAAAACUUUCAAGAAGAUGUACAAUCUUAGAUUGCUCAAGUUUCAUGCUUCUGACUUUGAAGAUUUCUGUAAAGUGCACUUUCCUGAUGAAGGCCUUACAUUUCAUUCAAAUAAGCUGCGAUAUCUCCAUUGGUAUAUGUACCCUUCAAAAUCCUUGCCAUCUAACUUUUGUCCUGAAAACCUUGUUGAGCUGAGUCUUCCUCGUAGCAAUGUUGAACAACUCUGGGAAGGAGUGCAGGACCUUGUGAAGCUGAAACGGAUUGAUCUCAGUUAUUCUGAAUAUUUGAUUCGAAUCCCUGAUCUUUCAAAUGCUAAAGAACUUGAGAGUUUAAAUCUUAAAUGGUGCUCAAACUUGGUUGAAGGCCCCUCAUCUAUUCAGAAGCUUAACAAGCUUGAAUAUCUGAAUCUGGAAAGCUGUAAAAAUCUUAGUUGUCUUCCGAGUACAAUUGCUUCCACGCUUGUAAAAACUUUCAAUCUGGUUGGUUGCUCAAAUCUCAAGAAAUUCCCAGAGAUUGCAGGAAAUGUGGAAGAAUUAUUUUUAAACAACACUGGUUUAGAAGUCGUUCCCUCUUCAAUUGGGUGCCUCACCAAACUUGUUUCUUUGUAUCUGACAAGCUGCAAAAAGCUCAGAAGUUUACCAAGCGAUAUUUGCAAGUUGAAAUGUCUCCGAAUGCUGAAUUUAUGUGGCUGCUCAAACCUGGAUAGUUUCCCAGAAAUUUGGGAGCCCAUGGAAGGUUUGAAAUACCUGUAUUUAGCCAACUGCAGAAAGCUUAGUUGUCUUCCUAACAGCAUUGGUAAUUUGAAAAAUCUUACAGAGCUUGAUUUAAAAGGGACAAUGAUUAAAGAGCUACCUUCUUCCAUUGAGCAUCUAACCGGGCUUGAUCAGUUGGAUUUACAGAAAUGUAAAAACGUUGGGAGCCUUCCCGACGGCAUCUGCAACCUAAAAUCUCUGAGAAAUCUUAACUUAUAUGGUUCUCCAAAUCUUGACAAGUUGCCAGAGAAUCUGUGUAAUUUAGAAUCUCUGGAGGAAUUAGAUAUAAGUGGAAGUGCCAUAAAACAGCUCCCAUCUUCUAUCAUACAGUUGAAAAAUCUUGCAAAGUUAUUGUUUAGAGUUCAAGACUCAGCAGGUUUAUUACAAAUUCCAACUGCACUAGACAGACUAUCCUCACUGAACAUGUUGGUUCUAAGUGGAAACAACUUCGAAACUCUACCUGCAAGCAUUGAACUCCUUCCUCACUUGUGCACGCUUGAUGUAGCCUAUUGCAGAAGGCUUCGCUCUCUGCCAGAGCUUCCUGGGAGCCUAGAAUUUUUGUAUGCACAAGAAUGCACAUCAUUAGAAACUGUACUUAACAGCAAACACUUCUCUGAAAUAGAUUAUAUGCAUGAAAGUCGCAAUUUCAAGCGAUUUGCAUUUACCAAUUGCAUCAAAAUGGAUCAAAAGACUUGCAGAAGCAUUCUUAUAGACACUGAGAAGAGAAUUCAAGUUGUGGCUGCUGCAUCAGAUCAACUAUAUAAUGAAAUGGGUUCGGUUAAAAUUCAUUUGCCUGGAAGUGAAAUUCCACUGUGGUUCCACAACCAAAAUAUGGGAUCUUCAGUGAGUACGCAGCUUCAUUCAAGAUGCAGUCAGCUAAGAGGAAUUGCUUUAUGUGUUGUGCUUGAAUUUGAGGACUGUUAUGCAGAUCGCGGUUUGAUUGUAAGAUGUAAAUGCCAUUUCAAACCCAACAAUGGUGGAUGCAGUGAUCUGAACUUCAACUUGGACAACUGGCUUGAGUGGUAUUACAAAUCAACACCCUUUAAGUCAGAUCAUUUGUUUGUAUGGGAUGAUCCUUGCUUUGAAGCUAACAUAGUUGAUGAAGAUUGGUUUGGUAAAUACAGUGAGGCCUCUUUUGAAUUCUUUCCUCUGGAUUUUGAAGAGAAUCUCUUGCAGGAUUGCAAGGUGAAGAAGUGUGGAGUCCAUUUGCUACUUCAUGAGAGAAUAGCUAGUAGAAAUUAUAAUUCUGAUGAGGAAGAGGAACCAUUUCCUAAGAGAUUGAAAUGCCUCCAAGACUAACCAUGUGAAUCUGUAUUUCUUCACCAGUGCCCUAGGCUCUUGUAAUUAAAAGUCACUUGUUCAAACUUUGAUUUGAUUGAAUUGCAGAUUUUCAUUUUUCAGCAAUAUUUAUAGACUAGUUGGCAAAAAGAUGUACACUGCUCUCUCUGUAUAUGUCAUUAUCAUUUGAUGUAAAUUCCAAAUUCUCAUUAAAGAUGGAUUGCCUUUGACCAGACUGA